UGGUGGAGAAAAUAAUGGAUUAAUUUUUGUUUUUGGUGGCUACCUUUAUGGAUCUGAUAAUAUUUCUGCUCACCAAUAUGAUAUAAGUGAAAAAGUAUGGACUGAUAUCAAAUCUGGGCCAAUUAAUCGAUUUGGUAUUUCAUGUGCUAAAAUUAACAAUAACUUGAUUGCUAUUUUUGGAGGUUCUGCUAUAAAUAGUAGCAAUAUUUUAUUUAAUGAUCUUUGGACAUUCGAUAUAUCAACAUUAUCAUGGAAUUUAAUAAAUGCGAAAAAUCCACCUUCACCUAGGAUGGGUUAUUGUGCAGUAACUUUGCCUGAUCAAAGCAUAUUAUACAUUGGUGGACAGACAUCUGAUCCAUUUGCUCCAAUGGAUAAAUUACCAUUAUAUAAUACAAAAUCUGAUACAUGGAUAAAUAUGGCUGUAUCCGGUCCAACACCUCCCGGCCGUAGAGAUUUCUCGGCGGUAUUAACCCACGAUAACCGUGUUAUAAUUUAUGGCGGUAUAAUGGAUAAAUCAUAUGUUAGUGGGGAUGCGUGGACAUUAUAUAUUGAAAAUUCUCAAUGGUCAUGGACAAAAGCAAAUAUUACAAAUUUAUCUGAGGACUUUGAAAUUUACAGUUAUAGACAUACUGCAGC